CACGCACGCAAGUUUACCUUAUUUUAUUUAGUUGAUUGCAAAUGUGAUUGUGAACUCAUAAUUCCGUUCAGCACUUGAGUUCUAAAUUCUCUCUCUCUCUCUCUUAUUGUUACAUCCCAUGACUUCAAGCAACGGUAAAUUGGUUUACUAUUUCUCUUCAUCAACCUAUUGCCUUCAUUUUUUCAUUUCAUUUCAUUUCAUGCUUUUGGCAGCUCCUGUUCUCGUCAUCAUGGGUGUCAGCGGGGCCGGAAAAACCACAAUAGGUCAAAGGCUGGAAAAAGAUAUUAAAUAUAAGUAUCUUGAUGCUGAUGAUUUUCAUUCUCAAUCAAACAAAGAAAAGAUGAGUAUGGGAAUCCCACUUACAGAUGAAGACAGAAAGCCAUGGCUUGAAUCACUGAGAGAUGCCAUAAAAGAAUACUUAAUUAACAAAAAGGGUUUGGUUCUUGGUUGCUCUGCUUUGAAGAAGCAAUAUAGAGAAAUACUUAGAUCAGCUGAUCCUGAUUAUAAAUGGGAGAGUUAUGCAAGUGCUGUUAACUUUAUUCUAUUGGAUGUUCCUGCUGAAGUGUUAAUUACUCGAUUAAAUAACAGGGCUGCAGAAGGAGAACAUUAUAUGCCUGCAUCUCUUCUGCAAUCUCAGUUAGAUUUGCUUAACAUUGAUGAUUCUGAACGAAUAUUUAGAGUUGAUGCUACUUUAAGUCCUGAAUCCAUUGUCAAUACCAUUAAGAAAAUGGACCAGUUUCAGGGCUGUUUUCUAUCAUCAUUAUGUUGAACCUUGUUAAUAACAUGUAUACCAUUGUAUUAGAUUCUUUAACUUCACUAUUACAUCAAAUAAGAAAGUAAUGUAACUUUUUGCAAUUUUUAAUUUGUUUA